AUGGACGACGCGCUCUUCGACCACUUCGGCGCCAAGGUCGGCGCGUCGCACGGGACGCCCAUCAAGCCCGCCAGCCGCGCCGGCUGGCGGCUGCUGGACGGCUGCGAGAGGCUGCGCAAGCUGCUCUCGACGCUGCCCGAGGCGGCGGUGUCGGUGGAGAACCUGGUGGACGGGUGCGACGUGCCGCUCAAGCUGGCGCGCGACGACUUCGUCGCCCUGCUCGCGCCCCUCCUCGCCAAGCUCGGCGCGAUGACGCGGCGAGCGCUCUCCACCGCUGGCCUCGAGCGG